CAGACAGCUUCUUGGUUCUUAUCUCGAUCACCUCCCGCCAUCUUUGAACCUUUCAUCACGACUCGACUUUAAAGCCGACCUCCUCCACCACUUAUCCAGUACUUCUUCACACAACGCAAAUGCAGCUGAACACCAUGUCUCACCUUCCCUCCGAGCCCGAGUUCGAGCAGGCUUACCACGAGCUUGCCUCUGCCCUUGAGGGCAGCUCCCUCUUCACCCAGCACCCCGAGUACCGCACCGCCCUCGCUGUCGCCGCCAUCCCCGAGCGUGUCAUCCAGUUCCGUGUCACCUGGAACGACGACCAGGGCAACCUCCAAGUCAACCGUGGUUACCGUGUGCAGUACAACGGUGCUCUUGGCCCCUACAAGGGUGGUCUUCGAUUCCACCCCUCGGUCAACCUGUCCAUCCUCAAGUUCCUCGGUUUCGAGCAGACAUUCAAGAAUGCCCUGACUGGCCUUAACAUGGGUGGUGGCAAGGGUGGUGCCGACUUCGACCCCAAGGGCAAGUCUGAUGCUGAGAUCCGACGAUUCUGCCAGGCCUUCAUGACCGAGCUGUCCAAGCACAUUGGUGGCGAGACUGAUGUUCCCGCUGGUGAUAUUGGUGUCGGUGGCCGAGAGAUUGGCUACCUGUUCGGUGCCUACCGCAAGCUUCGCAACCGCUGGGAGGGUGUCCUCACCGGUAAGGGUCUUACCUGGGGUGGCAGCUUGAUCCGCCCUGAGGCUACCGGCUACGGUCUCAUCUACUACGUCAACCACAUGCUCGAGCACGCCAACCGUGGCACUUUCGAGGGCAAGCGCGUCGCCAUCUCCGGUUCCGGUAACGUCGCCCAGUACGCUGCUCUCAAGGUUAUCGAGCUCGGCGGCACUGUCGUCUCCCUCUCCGACUCUCGCGGUGCUCUCGUCGCCAAGGAGGGUUCUUUCACCCCUGAGCAGAUCCACAACAUUGCUGCUCUCAAGAUCAAGCACGAGGCCCUGACUGCCUUUGAGCACGAGGGCAAGUUCACCUGGAUCGAGGGUGCCCGCCCUUGGGUCCACGUUGGCAAGGUCGACAUUGCCCUUCCUUGCGCCACCCAGAACGAGGUCAGCCCCGAGGAGGCUCAGGCCCUUGUUGAGGCCGGUGCUUUCAUCGUCGCUGAGGGUUCCAACAUGGGCUGCACUGCCGCUGCUAUCGAUGUCUUCGAGGCCCACCGCAAGGCCAACGGCGCCCAGGCUAUCUGGUACGCUCCCGGCAAGGCCUCCAACUGUGGUGGUGUCGCCGUCUCCGGUCUUGAGAUGGCCCAGAACAGCCAGCGCAUCCAGUGGACUUCCGAGCAGGUUGACGAGCGCCUCAAGCUCAUCAUGAAGGACGCCUUCUUCGCCGGUCUCGAGACCGCUCAGAAGUACGUCGAGGCCAAGGAGGGCGAGCUCCCCAGCUUGAUCGCUGGCAGCAACAUCGCCGGCUUCAUCAAGGUCGCCGAGGCCAUGCACGACCAGGGUGACUGGUUCUAAGUGCAAGGCUUAAAAGAAAGCGGAGACGAGAGCGAGAGCCGCUGAGAGAGAGUCCUUGAGACCAAGCAGAAAGACCAACAUACCCGAGCCGGCCUCACCAAAGGGUUUCUGGACCUCUCAUCAACUCCUCUCACACCCAGUUUUUGACUUUUAUGAUCUGCACGGGAACGGUGUUGGACUACACUACACUACGCCUAGGUUCUGUAGGUUUCUUGUUCUUGGGAACUGUCUCGGGCAUGCAUUUGCGUAGGGCGUUGGCGGGGUUUCAAGAAAGGAAUCCCUUGUUUUACUUGGUCUGGUUUUUGAUAGACAUGAUUUUGGGUCUGUUACAAUUCGCUUAUUCCCCCUUUUUAGCCCAUGAUAGUACGAAGAAUGAAAGACGUACCCUUUUCU